AUUCGGCCGCGAUGCAUCAUUAAUUGAGCUUUCGUUAUACAUCCUGACGUAAUGCACAUAAUGCGGUAUCGUUUACGGUUCUCGGAAACAAAUCACGCACGCGGGAAACUUCUCGCGGGGAAAGGAGGGCAAACUGAUCGCUCGCAUGGAACGAAACAAAAGUAAACUUUCGGUAAUGAUUGCUCGUGAGAUUUUAAUUGCGCGCGCGCGCGCUAAAAAAAGAAAAGCGAGGAAAGUCUACAGUUCGCGAAAUUAAAUGGGGGUGACUUUUGCGGCCGACAGGUGCUGGUGGUGACGGUGGCGUAUCGAUUAAACAUCCUCGGAUUCUUCACGACGACGGACUCCGAGGCGUCCGGCAAUUACGGCAUGUUCGAUCAGAUCGCCGCCCUUGACUGGAUAAAGCGUAACAUAAACUACUUCAACGGCUCGCCCAGCAAUGUCGUCAUCUACGGCCACAAUUCCGGCGCCAUAAGCGUGGGUCUGCACAUGCUGAGUCCGCUCAGCAGAGGGAUGUUCCACAAGGCGAUCGCCAUGAGCGGGGACGCCGUCGGUUCCGUCGGCACGCUAGAAAGGGAGAAGCCGGUCGUGAACAUCAUAGCCGACAGAUUCGGCUGCGACCGACGACCGACUAGCGCGCUGAUGGAAUGCCUGCGUCGGCAACCAGCCGAACACCUCAUCAAGUUCUCGUCCGACAUCGAGACUUGGGGCCCGAUCGUCGACGCCGAGACGAACAACGAUUCGGAUCCGUUUCUCGCGCAACAUCCGAAGGACAUCUUGGAAAGUGGUAAUUGAA